AUGUCUGACACGCUGGGCUCAUUUGGCAUGCCGAGGAGGAUGUCUAUUCGAAAACCUUAUCAGCGUCGCCAGUCAAACACAUGGCGCGCAAUAGAGGAGUCAUGGGAAGAAGAUGUCGACUAUAUCUACGACAACGCUCUAGAAGCUGACUGUGACUUCGAAUGGGAUCGAGUAUCUGAUGACGGUGUUCGCUGUUGCGACACUCCUUCUGCUGAGCAAGCCAAUCGUCGCAACUCCAGAAUCACUUCCGCUGAUCGAGAGCGUUUCGCCUCUGACAAUUUCCGCUCAUCUUUGCUGGUUCCCAGCACAUCGAGUGUGCCAGAACUGGUUCCGACAUCUGCGAUAUCCACAUCCACCCUCAGCACUGGCCUGCCACCGACACCCUCAGGAUUCUUCCAUGCCAACCGUUUCAGUGGCGACACUGGCUUCAUGCUAAGCCCGUCCCUUCUUGUCCCGCAGGAAUACAAGGAUACACGAGAAGUCACAUAUGAGGACUUGCUUGACGAGUACGCCGCGUCCGACCGGCACUUUCCAAUGCUCGACGCCGGUCGAAGCACGACGAGCUCGGCGCGUAGCAGUCACGUCCGACUAAGUAGGCGAAGCUCUUAUGACAGCAGCCUCAUGUCCUCUUCUCAGAGCUGCGGUCUUUGGAGCUCCCCUGUGAGGCGCUCGGCAAGCUCUGCCGGCAGUGUUCCAGAGCUGAUUCCAUCCCGUCGUAGCCGCAAGUCGCUUGGCUUCAGUCUUGCAGCUGAUCAGUUUUCAGAGCAGAUUGCGUUCCUUAACGAAGACAAAGAGGACGAUGACAUUACGCCACCAGGGCGUACCCUGGAAGGGCGAACAUUCUUCGCUUCAGACGACGAAGCGCCUCAAGAUGAGGAGCCAUCUCGCAGCUCCAUUGAGACCGAGCUCAGAGCCUCGCUUGAUUUGGCUCGACGUGGCUCACAGCGUGCCAAUCACUCUACUGUCGAAGAGGAGCUCAAGUCGUCGCUCGACCUUGCGCGCCAAGGGUCGCAGCGUUCCACCCGUGCACCAGCGCGCCAGCACAAACCCGCCCUGUCUGAAGGUGCCGCCAAGUUCCUUUCCGUCUCUGCUCCGAAGGAGGAUCAGCCAACCAAGCCACGUAACCGCGCAGCGACCACCGCGCAGUCUCGCUCCCCUAUGUUGUCUCUCUUCCCGACACCCCCACGCAACAUAUAA